AGACAGCACCGCCGGGCUGUGAGACGGAGAGUCCUGGCAACCCUUUCUCCCGUUCUAGACCUCAGUGCCUGUUCCGGAAUCUAAUGGGCAUUUCAUUUCCCGAUCUCCUGGCUGUGGUGGACCGCAGUAUUUGCGGGCAAGUCAAAUUCGGCCUCAGAAAGGGGGUCAGGCUCAGUCAUCAGUCACUAACAACCCUGCUGGAGAGAACCAAGUCUGAAGCCCUAGUUGUAAUAACAUCACGUUUUCAUUUAGUCUUACCUGGCCUAUUGUAUUUGGCAUUAUUCUUCCUUUAGCGUUACGACAUACACUGGGGCAAGGGUCGUUCUACUCAAGAGACAGAUCGGGGAAGGGGAGCCAGAGUCAAAUCAAGUAAAUCUUCUGUAACUACACCGCCAGGCAUCCGGAACUGGUGCUGGUCCAUGCUUUUAGCAAACUGCUCUUGCCUAACUGCAAACUAAAACUUGCCAUGUUGUUCUGAGGCUCUAGCCUAUUAAACCAAAAGAUCAGUAAAUCAAGCCAUCUAAAGGAAAAAGACAUGGGAUGCAUGCUUCAUUGCUGAAUCAGGAAGAGUGAACAGACUAAAAUCAAAUGAUGCCAAUCUGAGAGCUGCAGUUUUGCAACCUCUGACUUUACACAAAAUUUUGAAACAUCAUAAAACAAACUAUUCAAUCCUGGAACACUGAAUCGUUCAUUUAGGGAGUUCAGCUCCUGAAUCACAGCUCUAUGAAUGAAAUGGAAGAAGAUGGUUGAAGUCCACUAAAGGUCAUCACAGCAUUUGCCUUCUGCUGAUGAGAACACAGGGCUCAGGACUCAGAAUCUGGAGAGUGACAUGUCCAGAGUCGGGCUGCACCUCUAGCUGGGUCCCGCCUGGAGAGAGAAGAGAUGGAGUGGAACCAGAGACACAGCUGAUGUGUAGUGUGAUAGGAGAUAAACCUUUGUGUGGUUGAAGUUUGGAGCAGGACUCUGAGGCUCGCUGUCCUCCAUGCCGCUCACCAGAAAAGGGACUGUGAACUGUGCGCUGGCUCCAGCCCACAGGAAGAACUUCUGGCCCAGCUGGAAGUGAGAAGAAGGGAGUGAGUCUCCUGAGGGCCAUCCUUGAGGCUGCCAGGAUCACCCGAACAAUCCUCCAUGUGAAUCCAUCCCAUGAUGCAACAUGCCUCCCCAGCCCCCGCUCUGACGAUGAUGGCCACGCAGAAUGUCCCUCCCCCACCCUACCAGGACAGCCCGCAGAUGACGGCAACUGCUCAGGCCCCCUCCAAGGCCCAGGCUGUCCACAUCUCUGCACCCUCAGCUGCUGCCAGCACGCCUGUGCCCAGCGCUCCCAUUGACCCCCAGGCCCAGCUGGAGGCCGACAAGCGAGCUGUGUACAGGCACCCUCUUUUCCCGCUCCUGACGCUGCUGUUUGAGAAAUGUGAACAGGCCACCCAGGGCUCUGAGUGCAUCACCUCCGCCAGCUUUGAUGUGGACAUCGAGAAUUUUGUCCACCAGCAGGAGCAGGAGCACAAACCCUUCUUCAGCGAUGACCCAGAACUGGACAAUCUGAUGGUGAAGGCAAUCCAGGUCCUGAGAAUCCACCUGCUGGAGCUGGAGAAAGUCAAUGAACUCUGCAAGGACUUUUGUAACCGCUACAUCACCUGCCUCAAAACCAAGAUGCACAGUGAUAACCUGCUCAGGAAUGACCUCGGGGGGCCCUACUCCCCCAACCAGCCCUCCAUAAACCUUCACUCACAGGACCUCCUGCAGAAUUCCCCCAAUUCCAUGUCUGGAGUCUCCAAUAACCCCCAGGGGAUUGUGGUCCCAGCCUCAGCGCUCCAGCAGGGCAACAUCGCCAUGACAACCGUCAACUCACAAGUGGUGUCAGGUGGAGCCUUAUACCAGCCGGUUACCAUGGUAACCUCCCAGGGUCAGGUGGUCACCCAGGCAAUCCCCCAGGGAGCCAUCCAGAUCCAGAACACACAGGUUAACCUUGACCUCACCUCCCUCCUGGACAAUGAGGAUAAGAAGUCCAAGAACAAACGAGGAGUCUUGCCCAAGCAUGCCACCAAUAUAAUGCGUUCUUGGCUCUUCCAGCAUCUCAUGCACCCCUACCCCACGGAGGAUGAGAAGAGACAGAUUGCGGCCCAGACAAAUCUCACCCUUCUGCAAGUGAAUAACUGGUUCAUCAAUGCCCGGAGGCGCAUCCUACAGCCCAUGCUUGAUGCCAGCAACCCUGACCCUGCCCCUAAAGCCAAGAAAAUCAAGUCGCAGCACCGGCCCACCCAAAGAUUCUGGCCUAACUCCAUCGCUGCAGGGGUGCUGCAGCAGCAGGGUGGGGCCCCAGGGACAAACCCCGAUGGUUCCCUCAACUUGGACAACCUGCAGUCCCUGUCCUCAGACAAUGCCACCAUGGCCAUGCAGCAGGCUAUGAUGGCUGCACAUGAUGACUCAUUGGAUGGGACAGAAGAAGAAGAUGAGGAUGAGAUGGAGGAGGAGGAGGAAGAGGAAUUGGAGGAGGAGGCUGACGAGCUGCAGACGACGAAUGUCAGUGACCUGGGCUUGGAACACAGUGACUCCCUGGAGUAGUCAGGCAGCCCAGAUGGCAUUGAUCACCAAGCAGGAGAGGAGUGUCGUCAGGAGGGCUUCAGGGUUGGGGGGAAGGGGACACGGGCAGGCAGCACCGAGGAAGUUGGGCCCUAGCUUCCCAAAAUCAGUAGCUGGAAGAAAUGCAGAGGAAACACCUGCUCCUUCCCAACCAUCAAGCUUCAGCGAGUACCCCAGCCCCACUUCCCUGGAACUGCAGAGGACUCUGUUUGGUGGGGCCGAUCAGGCAACCUGAACUGAAAGGCAGGAGUGAGACCUGGACUCACCGAAUCACUGAGGACAGAUGGCACCACGGUCCCCGCCCCCCACUGAAGGACUUGAGUUGUUUACAAGCCCUGCACUGUGAGGUAGAUCAGUGCUGCUCAGAGUGAGCCUUUGCCAGGGGGCAGAGUAGGAGGAAAGGGAGAGACAAAGGGGGUCUGGGUUCCACCUCCAGAGAGUUCUCAGAUCCUUUGAGAGACAUUCAAGGGCAGGAGGGAGCCUGAACACAUGACCCGUGGCUAGAGAAGGGGGAGGACAUGAGGCAUCACACCUUGCAGAUCAGGGUGGGUCCUCCAAGACCCUGUCUAUGGGCACAAGCAACUGUGGACUUGGGAGAGAGGGAUGGGAGCCCCCAGCGCCAUCUUCUCUCUCUCUCCUGGAAACCACUGGUAAGCUGAUGGCUCAAAUUAUAGAGGCUAAGAGGAAUCCCUUCACCUGGGUUGGCUCCAGGACCCAAGGAGAUGGCAGAACCUGGGCUAGGAGCCAUGUCAAAGUGACUUUGGGGAUAUAGCCGUCCCUAGGUGGUCACAGAACUCAGCUCCUGUACCAACAGAACAACGGUGUCUCAUCCCAGAAGUUCCAGCCCGCGGAUGGAGCUCCUCAGACGUUCCGCCCCCUCCACAGGCCAUCGGAGAGGGUGGAGCCAAGUUAGCCUGGAAUCUGCCCACCCCUUCUGUCCCUCACUGCUAUCCCCCUGCUCCCAGGCUGGCUCCACCAGCCUUCAUCCUCUCGUCUUCACACUCUCCCUCAGAGAGGGCAGAAGAAACUUUGGAAAGAAGCAUCCAGCCCAGUGGGAAGUCAGGGGUUGGAGAAGGUGCUACAUCCCUCUUCCCAUCAAUAUCCAAAGUGUGGGGGAGGGCCCAGAAAAAGGGCACCCAGAAGCCAAGUGGUGCCCCGCCCCCACCCCCGCCUCACUGUUCUACACACCAUCAUUUUCACAGCACUGGAGGAACUGGGGCUCCACGAGGAGGAGGAGCCUUGCCACCAUCUGCCCUCACACACACCCUCCCACCCCAACUGGGCCCCCAAGAUUGGCACCCCAUCCUCCUGUCCCCCCCAACCCCAUGGCUGUGAAUGACGGGACUGAUCACACGUGUUUUCCAUUGAGUCGAAUUGAAUGGACUUGCAGCCUCAUUUGUCAGCUGUGCGUUGACCAUGUCCAUCAGUGGCAGGAUGUUAGCGGCUGCCUGGCUCAACUUGAGGGCCCCCCACCAGGGCCCUCCAAGGUGGAGCAAAAGGAUGGUGGCUUGCCCAAGGUCUCCCUGAAAUGAAUGUAUUUCUUCCCCAAAAGAGCUGAUAUUUAAUGUUUUAAUAGGGAUUUUUGAGAAACAAAUAACCUUAUUUAUAAUCUGGGUGAUCCAAUCAUUUUUUACUCCCUUUUGAUGCCAUAAGUAGAGGAAAGUCUAGCUUUUUUGGCGUGAGACUUUUGCAAUGUGCAGUGGGAUAAAAUACAUUUCCUGUUCUGGUUCAUUUUUCUUGCACACUCACAUACACACCCACUUCCACUUAUCACUUUGGACAGGCAUCCCACCCCAGCACAGGCACACCUGCACACAUGUGCCCACACGUCCUCCUCCCAGCCCCCUCCACCUGCCUAAUGUUAUGCAACCUCUUCUGAUGUAUCCACCAAACCAGUACUGAAUGUGGCCGAGUUUUCAGUAAACCUUAUUACCUACCAUAA